AUGUUUAACCUCAUCUGCAUGAUUAGGAUACAUACAGGCUACUCACGUUCUGGGGGUCGGCGGUCCGGAUCGAAGGGCGCUGUGGGGCUUUAUUUAAUUGCGCAAAGUGCCGAUAAGGUGUUGUCUGUAUGGGCAAAGAAGGGUGUCAUGUCGAGAAAAGAAUCGCAGGGCCGCAUCAUGAUUUUCGGAAUUGACGGAAGCAAAUGGGCCGCGGCAGAAACUGAAUCGGGACUGAAUCGGGUUGUUUAUCCAACUCCCUUUACCGUCCUCCUCAACGGGCCCACAAAUACGGUCACGUAUCACCGUCGUAUGCGCAGAGAAGAACUCCCUGUGGGAGCUGUACAAAACGCGACACUGUCGCAAGGUGUAUAUACUCCCCAGCAGCCGCAGAGAAAGUGUAUGCACAAGUCCGUCCUUGUCUCUAUCACCGCUGACUUGGUCAACAGCGACCUUCACUCACUGAACAAUCGCCUCAUCCAAGUCGAGUCGGCCCUUGCAAUCAUGACAGCUGGGCAGACGAUACCUGCGUUCCAGUCUUCUUACCACUUCUCACACCCGUCAUCGAGCUCGUCCUGCGCCCAACCACUCCCCGCCUCUUCCACAGGGGGGUCGCACCACCACCAUCAUCACCACAAUGCGGCGCCCUACUCCUCAGAAAACGACUCUCUCGCGUUGUCUGCGGAGGAUUUGGCCAUCUGGCUAGAAGAUCUUGAUCUAGGCGUCUCGCAAUCCACUGCCUCUUUGCAAGUGCCCCAGUCGGACAUGCAGAAUUCGGGCUUUAUCAAGUUGGAGCCAUCUCCGACCGAGAUGGAAUUAAUCCAGCCCCACUAUGGUAUGAUUACCCUUGACACGAGCAGCGCACAGAGAUCUGUGCAACCCUCUCGCUCAUCAUCCCCAUUCAAACCAGACGCUCAGCAGCAACAACAAUUCUUCCUCCCGCCCCUAAGUAUAUACCAUUCCGCUCCUGCCAUCGUUCCUUCAAGUCCAUCCGUCAUGUCAUCUUCCUCGUACCCACAACCAUCGACCCCCGCGUAUACUUUCCCCCAAUCAUCUCAGUACAGCCACCCACAGAUAACGUCCGCCCUCCUCUCUCAAUUACCUUCAUUCUCCCACUGCACAAAACUUCUCCGGAACGCUGAAGAAGUGUUCAGCAUGCGUCCCAUCCCUUUCAAUACCACAAAAGGGGGCUGGAAGGCGUUCAAAAGAAAAUGUCUGGCUGUCUUGUCUGGACCACUUGCAUCCCAGCACGAGCGUGAUGCAGCCAGGCAGCAGAGGGAAUCGCGGAAAGCAAAAGCGAUUUAUUACCAUGGCGGUCAGGCUCAGCCUGGGGAUGACAUGGAUGGAAUUGGUGGUGUGUGGAACAAAGACGGAGGGGGCGAAACGUCUCUUUCUUUCUUUGGUUGCAUGUGUGCUGUUUUAGCUGUUGGCGCUCAUGCAGCACCCAGUAGAAGUGGGGAAAACUCGACAAACACACCUGCGUUUUUGUACGCACUCUCCCAACAAGCGUUGGGGGUGUGGGAGACUCAUGCGGCUGGUGCUGGUGCUGGGGUCGAGGAGCCGGAAAGGAUGGAUUUCCUUUUGGCGUCGUUGGUGAGCACAGUUUAUGUGCUUUACUCCCGUUCUACUUUAUCCUCCUCUUCUUCAAGUGGAGAGGAGGAUGGAGGAGACACGGGGGCUGUUGUUUCCCCUCUUGUGGGGAAGAUGUAUAAUGUUGCGAGGUAUAUGGGUCUUGGAAGAGACGUUGGGAGGCGGAAAUCAGCCAAAACCUGUCAACUGGUCCAUAGGUUCACGUCGGACAUCUUGGGUCAGCCUCCCUUGGCGCCUUCGUUCACGUAUACCACAAAACUGCCAGAAUGUGCUUCGGCUGAGGAAGACGAGGAGAGCGAACAUGACAGUCAUGAUGAUGAUGACGACGCUGAGUCGGGUUCUGCUUCGAGUAGUGAAAUGUAUUUUGGUGUUCGAUGCCGGCUCACACAACUGGCGCAGAUGAUCAAGCAGCGUACGGCUACCCCCGAUUGUUGUUGCGGGUAUACACUGGACCAAGCAGCCAACUUGGACUCAGAGAUCAGACGGUUCAUCGAUAGGCUACCCGCCGCUUUGCGGUUGUCAACAUCUGGUCUUGCUGCUAAGGGAUCGGAGGAUUCCCCAAUGAUUCUGGACUCCCCUCCUCCUCUCCAGCCAGAGAAGAUCGACAAAGAGAAAACGACGCUGCUGGUGCAAAGCGCGGAACUAGCGAUAAUGGCCAAUGUGUUGGUUUGGAAGAUCUACGUACCUUUCCUUCGCCCAACUUCGUCCUCAUCGCCAUCCUCUUCAUCAUCGCAACCAAAGUCUUUAGGCGCUUGGAGCUCUGCUUCUCAAGCAUGUGUGUCGGCCGCGCAGGAGAUCUUAAGUGCUGCCAAAGUCUUGCUGAACACGAAUUACAGCGUCAUCCCUACCAUCUUCGACUUUUACCCUUUGAAUAAGGUUGUGUUUGACGCUACCGUUGUCUGCGCACACGCCAGCUUGACGACGAAGGUCAAUGACAAGGAUCUGGAGGCACAAUUUGCAGAGGGGUUGGAGUGUGCUUCGAAGUUGAACGGAAAGUCUGAGUGGCGGAAGACGGUUCUUGGUGCGUUGAAUAAGCGGUUGGCUGCGGGGAAUCAAGGGAGGGGCAUUGCUGCGUCUUCUUUGAAGAGGAAGCGUAGUCAGCAUGAGCAUGGGCCUCGUUCGAUGGGCUCUGGGCAGGGCGGAGAUAGCAUUCCACCACCUAGUGGGUUUGACGCACCACUGUAUCAAGGCUUUGAACUACAUCCCUCAGCUACGUUCCCUUCGCCACACCAGUCACCGCCUAGUACCCAGAGGGGUAGAGAGUCGUUGCCGUCUCCACCUACGUCGCGUGCUUCCGGUUCGGCACAAAGCAAGACCAGCACUGGGGGGAAGGAUAAGAAGCAUGCAAAGAAGACUCAUUCCUCCUAUCCGGUUGUGGGGAUUCGUGCGAGGCUUAAGGAGAGUGGGCCUCUUGUCCCAAAACACAAGACGGCGUCUGAAACGACGAUGGACGGUGGUAGAGAGAGGGGCAAGAUGCAAGCUCCGCCUCCGUUGAUGACGUCCAUUCCGAGGAUGAUGUCGAGGGAAUGCUCUGCUGCUAAUAUGUAUCCACCACCCCAGCAAUCACCCGUGCAUUCAAAGUCGUCCAUGCUCACCAUGAGCACCACUGACGCGUACCGAUCGCGCUCUUCGUCGCUUAGCCAUGUUCAUGCAGGUGUUGAACCCUCGUCGCAACAAUCCCAUUCUCUAGAUUACUUGCCGUUCGGCGAAUAUAGGAUGCGUGAACAACAGCAAAUGUCAUCGCCCGUUUCGUAUAAUAGUUCGCCCCAGAUGUUCAGUCAUCCACACCCACAACAACCCCAUCAACAGCAAGUGCAGACAUCAUUGUUUGAUCUCGGACCACCCCCGCCACAUGGCUAUGAUCAACGUUCCUUCGAUCGUGUUCAAGCUUCUGUAGAUUCUGCGGCUUCUUACGCGUCUACCGGGGCGUCUAGUCCGUGCGCGAAUCCAAGUCACUCCUCUGCCAGCUCACCGUAUACGUCGUCAAGUGGUAGUGUUGGUGGUCAGCCACCAACGCCAACGUUGACGUAUGGCACAACAACGGCUGGGUCACAUCAUCGGAACCCUUCUGCGUUUGCUCACCCAUCUGCAACGACGACGAGUUCGACUAGCGCUUCGAGUCCUGCGGGUUAUAUCCACUUUGAUGAAGGGUCGUCUGGGUCGGGACUGUCCAUGGCUGGACUGCAGGCUACGAUUGAGCAAGCUACUGCCAUCUCGUCGUCUGUUCCUAGCACGCCUGCCGCAUACGAACGACAGGCCAAUUCCAUGUAUGACGCGAAACCGCCCAUGGAUGCGCUUUUGCCACCUCAUGCGUAUGAGUCGCUUCAUUCGCAUCAGAUUCAUCAACAAGAACAGUUUCAUCGCGGCCCCGGUGACGCAUUACAACUACCACCACCUGCAUAUUCCGAUCCUCAUGGUCACCCCCAUCAUCGUAUGACUUCUGUAGAGGGAGAGCAACCCACUCAGACUUGGCCUGGGCCACCUGCUUCAUCGCAGGCGGCGACUGGCCAGCCCUUCUGGAACGGCUAUGCAUAA